GCUCGCUUUUCCUCCUCAUCUCUCCUCGCUCCUGCAUUGCCAUACAAGCAGAUGUUCUUUCUCUAUCACUAGUUUACACGAUUUUCUGUCUAAGGCUGGUAUUGUUUCACACGCGGUUUGGAAAGAAAACAAGGACAAAGCGGCCAGCAUUUUAAUGCUACACCAGUGCUCCGCUGAGUGGAGUGCGAUUGGCAGCCGGGAAACUGAGGGGUAGUGAGCGCUGCAAUUCUUCCUUUAUUUACCACACCUGUGAUGCGUUGUUUCUGAGCAACGAAGACGCACGGCGGGGAUACUAAUGGCCAUGGUACAGGAAGAGGAGAUUUGUUGAGGGGAGGACUUUGAUGCAGUGUCGUUUAUAACGGCGUUAAGAGCGCCAGAACUAACAUUUGGACAUACGACGCAAUUAUCAGAAUUUCUGCUGAUAGGUUUUAUUCAAACUUAAACGCAAGGUGAUAAAAAAGAUGAUGCCGUUACACCUGGGUCCCAUUGUCCGUUGGAGAUUCAGAGUAAUGCUCGCGUGCAGCUGGAUCCUUUCCAUCGGAUUUACUUGCAUUGGCGCGGAGCACACCGCCCCGGUGACGCACGCGGUCCCCGCAGCCUUCUCGGACAUGCUGCCGGAAUUCCUGGUGGAGCCGGACGACGUGUACAUCGUGAAGAACAAGCCCGUGACGCUCACCUGCCGCUCCAAACCCGCCACGCAGAUCUACUUCAAGUGCAACGGCGAGUGGGUGCACCAGGACGACCACGUCAUCGAGCACACUAUCGAGCCAGCCACAGGGCUGCCCAUCAUGCAGGUGAUGAUUGACAUCACCAGACAGCAGGUGGAGAAGAUAUUUGGCUUGGGGGAUUACUGGUGUCAGUGUGUAGCCUGGAGCACUACAGGAACCCAGAAGAGCCAAAAGGCAUAUGUCCGGAUCGCAUAUCUGAGGAAGAACUUUGACGAGGAGCCACUGGGUAAAGAGGUAGCGCUGGACCAGGAGGUGCUGCUGCGAUGCCACCCCCCGGAGGGCGUGCCAGUCGCGGAGGUGGAGUGGCAGCGGAACGAGGAGCUGCUCGACCCAAAGACCGACCCCAACGUCUUCAUCACGGCCGACCACCACCUCAUCAUCAAGCAUGCGCGGCUGGCUGACACGGGCAACUACACCUGCGUGGCCAAGAACAUCGUGGCCCGCCGCAAGAGUACCUCCGCCACUGUCAUCGUCUAUGUGAACGGCGGCUGGUCCACGUGGUCCACGUGGUCGGCCUGCAGCGCCGUGUGUGGCCGGGGGUCGCAGAAGAGGAGCCGGAGUUGCACCAACCCCACCCCUCUCAACGGAGGGAGCUCCUGCGAGGGGCAGAGCUUCCAGAAAAGCGCCUGCACCGCCACCUGUCCAGUGGAUGGAAGCUGGAGCGAGUGGAGCAAGUGGUCGGUGUGCGGUGCCGACUGCGCCAUGUGGAGAAGCCGCGAGUGCACCCAGCCCACGCCCGGCACCGGCGGCAAGGACUGCCAGGGCGUGGACCUCCAGUCCCUCAACUGCACCAGCGAACAGUGCCCACAGACGGCGUCUGGAGCCGAGGACAUGGCCCUGUACGUGGGGAUGGUGGCGGUGGCGCUGUGCCUGACGCUGCUGCUCAUCGUGGUGGUGCUGGUGUACCGGCGCAGGAAGGGCAGCCUGGACGCCGACGUGGCCGACUCCUCCAUCCUCACCACUGGCUUCCAGCCCAUGGGCGUCAAGCCCACCAAGCCAGGUGUGUGGGCACCGCACAGGCCGCCCCGCAGCAAGAACUCCCACUUGCUGACCAUCCAUCCGGACUUGACCACCACCACCACCAGCUACCAGGGCACCCUGCGGUCGCGCCACGACGGCACGGGCAAGUUCUCCAUGACCAAUGGGCCCCUCUUGGAGCCCCUCCCCAACGGCUCGCACACCCUGCACAACGGCAAGCUGCCCUCCGACCCUAACGACUUCAUGACCCGGCUCUCCACGCAGAACUACUUCAAAACGCUGACCCGAGACAGCCCCAACACUUCCUACGGCACCUUCAACUUCCUAGGCGGCCGACUCACCCUCCCAAACACAGGAAUAAGUCUGCUCAUCCCUCCUGAGGCCAUUCCAAGGGGGAAGAUCUACGAGAUUUAUCUGACCGUUCAGAAGAAGGAGGACUUGAGGCUGCCCCUCGCCGGGGGCCAAACGCUCCUGGGCCCGGUGGUGAGCUGCGGCCCGCCCGGCGUGAUGCUGACCCGAUCCGUGAUCCUCAGCAUGGACCACUGCUCCGACGCCGUCCCCGAGAACUGGGCCGUCCGGCUCAAGAAGCAGACCUACGAGGGCACCUGGGAGGAUGUGCUGGUGAUGGGGGAGGAGCUGGUGACGGACCCCUACUACUGCCAGCUGGAGGCGGAGACGUGCCGCGUCUUCACCGAGCACCUGGGCCGCCUGGCGCUCGUGGGCGAGUCGCUCAGCAUGGUUGCCGCCAAGCGCCUGAAGCUGGUGCUGUUUGCCCCGGCCUACUGCGGCACGCUGGAGUACAGCAUCCGCGUCUACUGCAUGGACGACACGCAGGACGUCUUCGCGGAGGUGAUGGAGUUGGAGAAACAGCUAGGAGGUCGGAUGAUCGAUGAGCCCCGCGUCCUGCUCUUCAAAGACAGCUACCACAACCUGCGCCUGUCCAUCCACGACAUGCCCCAGAGCCAGUGGAGGAGUAAGCUGCUCGCCAGCUACCAGGAGAUUCCGUUCUACCACAUCUGGAGCGGUUCCCAGCGCAGCCUGCACUGCACCUUCACGCUGGAGCGCCUGAGCCUCAGCACCUGCGAGCUCACCGGCCAGCUGUGCGUGUGGCAGGUGGAGGGGGAGGGACAGAGCUUCAGCCUCGACUUCAACAUCGCCAAGGACAACCGGCCCUUGGACUCCGAGUUCCUGCUGAUGGACAACUGCACGCCGGCCCUGGCUGGGCCCAGCGCCUUCCAGAUCCCUUACCUCAUCCGCCAGAAGAUCUGCAGCAGCCUGGACGCCCCCUGCCCCAACGGAGCCGACUGGAGGCUACUGGCCCAAAGACUGAAGCUCGAGAGGCACAUGAGCUUCUUCGCGUCCAAACCCAGCCCCACUUCUGUGAUCCUGGACUGGUGGGAAGCGCAGCACUUCCACAGCGGCAACCUCAACCAGCUGGCCGCCGUCAUGGCCGAGAUCGGCAAGCAGGAGGCCAUGAUUUUCCUGGUGUCAGACGGCGAGUGCUAACCCAGAUUAGCAGCGACCGCAACAGUGGAUACACACAGACACACAGACACACACACACACAAACACACAGACACACAAACACACACACUGGUUUGGGGCCGAGGGGGGGUGUUCAGAGGUCUCCACAACUCUCCGUCACAUCCUCCCUCUCCUGAGGAAGGAGCCCAAAUGAACACCCACCCCUUCUAAAGGAAUCACACUGACAGUACCGAGCCAUUGUAGUCCAUUAGCCCAUACUGAGAAAUGAGUCCAUUCCCCCAGCCUGUGCAUACCAACCUACAAGAGCCUGGUGUGUCCAUCUUUUGGUGUGAUUUGUGAUCAGAGUCAAGCGACAGAGAAGGAGAGCUUUCCACAAAGGUACACAGGAUGUUGGGGUGCCAUGCAGGAGGGGUGUGAGGGGGGCAUCGUUUGACAUGGUUGGGUUGGGUCACUGCCACAGUAAGGAGGAGGAAACUCCAAUGGAGCAGUUUUAUUUCUUUGGUAGUAUUUUAGGUUUUUUUGUUUUUGUUUGUUUCAAGUUUGACCAGUACCUUUUUCAUGCAGGUUUUUGCAGAGUGGAGGAAGGGAACCAGCUAAUAGAAUGAUGAGCAGCAUUUGAAAUGAACAACAAAAGUACAAAAUGAAAAAAAAAAAAAAAGUGUGUGAGUUCCGUGUGUAUAUUUUAAAAUGCAAUAUGUAGAAAUGGAUCUAAUCUGUGUCGACCUUUCACGAGGGGGGGUCACGCAUAAGCAACCAAACUAGUACGGGAUCUGAUUUAAGAGUUGUUUGCAAAAGGGAUUUUUUUUUUUAAAUAUACUGCCCAAUACCAGUUCAGGUCACUCUCCUUGGGCUCUGCGAGAUGGAGCAACAAAACAAACAGCCAUAUUUAUAAUCGAAAGCCACUUUAUGCAAUUUGCUAAAGACUUGCAGAGAAAUCAUUUCAAAGGAAUGGUGAUCUUGGCAGGGGUCAUCAGGAUCCGUGUCAUCCCUUGUCGCGCGCGCGUGUGCGCUAGCCAGAUGGUAGGCGGAUGCGGAGCAGCUUUGGCAGAUUCACACCCGAUCUGUUUGAGUCUGUCUGCUUUUUGGAUCAGAUCUGGUUAGAUAUUCUCCUUGUUGUUGUUGUUGUUGUUUGUCAGUUUGUCUGUAAUCUUGGGAAAAAAAUGGUUCAAAGUCAAACUAGACACUCAUAUUGAAGUCUCUGCUAGGUUUGCGUGUAGCUGCUAUGUUUUAAGGUGACUUCAGUGUGAAGCACAAAAUCGCACGUAAUUGGCUCAAGUAGUAAUGCGGUGUCAUCCAGAAAAAAAAGCAUCUUUGCAAGUCAAAGAUGGAUUAUUCAUUCCUAAUAAUUGUCUGUCAGUACAGCGGACUGAAGCAAACAGAGAUCGCAUUGGAUAUCAGAGACAAAAUGGCACAUUGCAGAACAGUGCUUUUUUUCUGUUGAAAAUGUAAUGUGUGAUGUUUUUAUAUGUAAGCCAUCUGGCUCUAGGGCAUUCAAUGUAUGUGUGUGUGUGAAAGCUCAUACAUUUUCCAAAUGUAUUUCCAGGAGCAAAAUUAUUUUUGAUAGCAUUAUUUCUGUGAGGAUAAUGGAUGUUAGGCGAGGGACUACCAAGAGAAUGGUCUUUCCCUUAGAAUCAAUAAGGCAGAGAGAUGACGGAACAUUGUGUGGAAACCAUACAAGCAAUUACGAUGGGUAGUUUGUAUCCAAUAAUGGCUUAUUAGGUUCAAAAUGUAAACCUAGCUACUCCUGAAGGGGCAAAGUUCUCCAAAUGCCUGUCCACGGGGUUCUAGAGAAUUGCCUGUUCUCCUGGGUUCUCUGCUCAGUGAAGACACCUGCUCAGUGAAGUCGUGCUUCAAUCUAAGGUCCUUGUCCUGCCUCUGCAAAUGUCUGUCUGAGAGUCUGCUCUAUCCAUGAAUGUGGAGAUGUUUCGAGGUCAAUAGAAAGGAAAGCUUUAGAGGACAAAAGUUAUGACUGUGAGAAUAAACCCAUUAGGGAAUUGUUGCUCCAAAAGCUCUGGAGGUCAAGUCAGUGAACAGGGGACAUGUUUCUCAAAAGCUCUUUCCUACUAAGCAGUCUGACACUGAAAGAAAGGCUGUUCAUAAGACAUAACUAACUCACUAGUGUAAUUGGAAUCAUGGUCAUGGGCUUCAGGCGUUUGUAAGUCAUUUCAGAAAGGUCGCUUUCUGCUUAUCAUGGUCUUUGUGUUCAAAUCAGCACUGUCAUUUUUAUCAAUUUUUGAUGUAAUAUUUCAUUUAAACUGCUUUUGUAAUGAGUUCCUCUGUCUCAACAAAAAAUGUUAAUGUACACCGUACACAUCAGUAAUACUGACAACCAAAGUUAUAAAUAUAUAUCAACACACACAUGCACACAUACUAUUUACACGUGUUUUUUUUUUUUUGUUUUUUUUUCCAUGGCCUUUAAAGACAUUUCUGUCAAGCUUCAUAAUCUCACUUGUGUAAUGCCGUCCCACAUAUCUUCAAAUCAAGCAGGAUUAUUUACCAUGACGACGAAUAAAUCACAUUUGAGCAUCAGUACUUUUAACCAGACAACACCGAACCUGUUUAUUACAGCACUUUGUAAAGUAAAUGUACAUGAUCAUUUUAAUAUGGAGCCAAAAAAGACAGACAGCUGGCGUAACAUUUGUCAAACGUAUAACCCGUGACGUGUUUGCCUACUGUUCAUCGGUUAUUUAGCAUUUAAACAAAUAAUUUUCUUGCGGUGUUUAAGGUUUAGACUGUUUGCCAGAAGCUUGUAUACUUCCCGUUUUUUUUGUGUCCUGAUGCCGUGUGUGUAUGUGUGUCUGUACAGUUUGAGGCCAUGAUUUGACAAGUACUAACCGAAUCACUCUUACACACGUUGAGGGUAGAAGGGAGUGAGACAGGUCUGGAGGGAGACGCACCAGUGAGACAGGUCUGGAGGGAGACGCACCAGUGAGACAGGUCUGGAGGGAGACGCACCAGUGAGACAGGUCUGGAGGGAAGAGAUUAAUACGGAGGAAAGACAGCUUUGCUGCCACACACUGCACCCAUAUGUUCAUCACACAGGCCUCAGGUAGUCUCUCCCAAUUGCAGCAAGUCCUACAGGAAGACAUGGAGAGUGUGUGUGUGUGUCUCACUUUAUGACUUGUGGUCCUUUCUCAAACACAACUGUAUUUGCAUAUAUUUUUGAUGACUGUGCGUGUUCGCUCCUGUCCAGUAGCACACAGGCCCCUCUUGCGCAUUCCUCCACACUAACAUGGCGCACGCAUUGCAGCCUGUCACUUGCAGAGAUGGUAAAUCAGCUCAACUUUCCCCCACAAUAAGUGUCCCUUUGGCGUAGAAGCAGAGCUAGUAGCUCAUUCCUGACAACUCCCAACAGAGAAGCCAAUUCCGUUCCCCGCCCCCCAAUGACUGUGCUUUUUUUCUCAGCUUCAUGCAUAGUUCUUCUGUCGUCGAUGGACAUACGUUCAGUGUGUGUGUGGGUGUGUGUGAGUGUGCUUCUACUUUUUGCUUUGACAUUUUUUUUUCUUCUUUGUACCUUUUUGUUUUUCAAAACUGAGAACAAUAGAAUUGUGUACCUGUGAAUGUUUUUAAUUGAAUUUCUUUAUUCAAUGUUCCUUGCCUUUCUGCAAGUCAAAAAUGCUGUACUUAUAACAUGACACAGCGCUUAUGCAAUUGUAUAAUUAUUUUCUUCAGUUCUUUUAUUUAUUUAUUCUUUUUUUUUUUUUACUUUUCCUUAUUCUAUCAAUGUAAAUUGUCGUCAACAAUUUUGUGGAAAUGGGACGCCUUCUAUCCUUGAAGGUUCUCUGUACUUUUUGUACAAUGGUAUGGAUUUGUGGGUAGAAUUUUGGAAAUUGGUUUCUAAGUGCUUUCAAGUCUUUACUUGGCCUUAUGUACAUAUAUAUCUAUGGAAUUUCAGAAAGGUAUGUAUAGUAAUUCAACCUGAAAUGGAUGUAAAUAAAUUAUAUAUUGUUAA